AUGGCGAACCUCCCAGAUGAUAUCAUGUUGGAUAUCUGUGUUAGGUUACCCGUGAAGACAAUUGGGAGAUUCAGGUGUGUGAACAAGAACUGGUACAACUUAUUGAAUGAUCAUUAUGAUCCAUCAUCAUCUACAUGUAGUUGUCGUGUUAAUAGCAGUCUCCCAUUUGUUGUGAAAAGAAAUUAUGAUUAUGACUUUCAAGUUUUGGGAUAUUGUAAUGGUCUGGUUUGCGUAAGUUCUUACAGCAUAAAUAUCUUUGGCAUUUGGAACCCAGUCACAAAUGAAUAUAGGAAAUUUCCAGUAACACCAGUAGAUGAUGAUAGUCCCACUGUUAAUAUUGAACAUAUCCAAUGUGGGUUUGGUUAUGAUUACGAGAUUGUGGAGUUCAAAGUGGUAUGUCUUACCUCGUAUGGCCUUGUAUGUAUGGGGUCCGGGGUUCACCUGUAUACACUAGGAUCAGAUAACUGGAAAACACUUGAGAGCAUCCCUUAUACUAUUUAUAGUCAGCCUCAUGUAGCCCAGGUGCCCGUUAAUGGAGUUAUUCAUUGGGAAGCAUAUCGUGAAUAUGGUGGAAAUAACAACAGCAAUCGGGUUAUUCGUUCCUUUAAUUUUGAGAAAGAGACAUUCCAAGAGAUGCCAUGGCCUGAUUUGUUAAGUGAAGAGUUGGAAACAGAUCUCUGUGCGUUGGGAGGGUCUGUUUGUGUAUUUGGUUUUGAUCCUGACGUUGGUGUUGAAGUUUGGGAGUUGCAGGAAUGUGAAGUGAUAAAGUCUUGGAAUAAGCUUUUUACCAUUGACGUAAAAAAACAUUUUGGAUUAGUUAAAAAAUUUGUUCCAUUACAAUCUUUAAAGAAUGGUGAGUUUCUAUUUGGAUUUGAUGCUGAUGUUGGUUUUCAUGUCCAUCAAUAUGACCCAAAACAAGAAACAUCUAGACUUCUCUUGGCUUACGAGGAUUCAGAGGAAUACUCUGAAAGAACUACAAUCUAUUUUGAGAGUUUAGUUUCAUUGAACUCAGGUAGUUAUGUGGAUCACUACAGCAACGACGAUGAAUCUGACAGUGAUGUGACGAUGAUAAUGAAGAGGAUGAUGCUGAUGUAA